UGUGUGUGUGUGUGUGUUUUGUUGUGUAGAUGGCAGAGGGGCGGAGCUUUUGGAGUAUCGCUGGCUGCGAUUGGAGGACGGGACGAGCGAUCGACCAAUCAUGGUGAAGCUCUUCUCCACGUCUCAACCUGAAUCGCACCGCAGGCUCCACCCACUGUCCGUGGUAGUCUGCACCAGACUGAAGGUGAUCAGAGCCGACCUCGCCUCCUACCUGACCAACACUACGUACACUCAGGUGUACUGCACAGGACUGGGCGACCACUCAGAGAUGAGCUACCGGGGGCUCCGGCCGGUGCGGUGCUUCCUGCGCUGGCUGCGGAGCCAGGAAGACGCAGCGGUGCUGAGCAGGGCUCUGAUUGGAGGAUGCUUCUCCUACCCGCCCCUACCCGUCUCCUUGGAAACGUUCAUGAAAGGCAUCGGAGGUGAGCCAGGGUUCCUGCGGGGGGCGGAGCUUCAGAGGGAGAUGGCGAGACUCUGUUACCGCGAGCGACGCACCUUCUGUAUCCAGGCAGCCGUUUCCAUGGUUACUUACAGCCGUAUUGGAGAGGAGGAUUGCUGUUUGUUUUGGACGGACCGAGCUUCAUCUUCCCCCUCCUCCUCCUUCUUCACUCGCCUGUCCCCCUCCUCUUCCUCCCCCCUUCCUCCCCCCUCCACCCCUCGCUCCUUUAGACCUCCUCUCUCCUCCUCUUCCUCUCUUUCUCCGACGUAUUCAGCCGGGAGUCACCUGUCGCCGGGCAGAUCAGGGUGAGACUUUAGAAACCUUUCAACAAUAUAAAUAAUAUUAAUAACUUUGUUCUUUAUUCUUAUUUUGCACUCCUAUUUUUUUAAACUUCAACUCCUUCCACGUUUUUCCACGUAGAAACUUCAUUCAAACAUCAAACCGUUUAGCGCAGUUAGGACAUUGCUGUUAUUAUACAGAAUCUUCAUAACUUUCAUAAUUUCCGAAAUAUUCAAUGUUUUCGGGGAGAUUUUCCCCAUGGACGGAAUGUUCAAAUUUGACACAAAUUCAUGCAUUUUCAUACAUUUUCAACUGCUAUCUACUCAUUCAUACCUUCAUCAAAAAACACCAUUCAAACUUUAAAAUGUUCCUCAUCUUUCAUACAUUCAGGGUAGUAUUCAACUUUCAAAUACCAUUUAUACUU